CUGCCGUACAAGUAGUAUUUGUUGUCUGGCCUCAGCACGGAAACGUGAACAAAAUAUAUAUUACAAAAAAAUCUGAUGUCUUUUUUAACUUGUUGAGUGAGCAGUUAUUUCCCUUCCUUACGAGAUCACUUGGUUCUUUGAAACAGGUGCAGAACCAAGUUGUAAGAGGUUUGAGGAUUCCAAGUGUUAACACAGAAACUAAAUGAACCAUUGUGUUCUUUAUUAAUGACGAAUCUGUGCUAAUUAAUACAUACUCACUAAUUAGUACAGCUUGCUUGACCGCCAAAAGGGGAACCAUCUAGUGGUCAAGUGGUUGAGGUGAAGGGAGGGACGACUGACCAACGUCCUCAGAGUUCUGCCUGACGUACAGUGUGUAAGCACACCAUUGUCUUUUUUGGUUCGAACUCAUCGCUUUAUUUGAAUGGACAUCAAGAUUUUGUGUUAACAACCAAGUGACACUCAAUGGUUUGUUUUGGAUUCAGUAAGAUGAUCAGUCCAGCAUUGUAUGGAAUGACCAUUAUGUUUCUGGCUAUCUUCUUGUUUUCCUGUUUGUUGCAGUCAUCUCCCCUGGCCACACCAGUUUCAGGGUGUCCUGAAGGUCUAUGGGGUAACAAUUGUCAAUAUCGUUGUGAUGCUGGUUGUAAGCUGGGGUGCAAACAGAAUGAUGGAAAGUGUCUUGGAGGGUGCAAGCCAGGAUGGACUGGGAAAAACUGUGAUAAACUGUGUACAGACUAUUUCUACGGGUUUAACUGUAAGAGCAGCUGUGGUCACUGCUACGAAGAAAAGCCAUGUAACGUAGUGACAGGGAAAUGUACAGACGGAUGUUUACCUGGCUGGCAAGGGGACAAGUGUUUGGAAGGGUGCAAACCUUACACGUACGGAGCCAACUGUAACAACACCUGCGGCCACUGCAGACUGAACCAGGCAUGUAACGCUGUGACUGGACGUUGCUCUGCAGGCUGUGACAGGGGAUGGCUGGGUACAACUUGUGAGCAAGCGUGUGAGAAAGGUUUCCACGGUGUGGACUGUGUGGAUAGAUGUGGUCACUGCAAGGCUAACACAACGUGCGAUCACGUCACUGGAAAGUGUGAUAGCGGCUGCGCCCCAGGCUGGACAGGUUUAAUGUGUACCGAAUUAUGUCGGCCUGGUCUCUUCGGACCCAACUGUCAGGCAACGUGUGGUUCUUGCUUGAUUGGCUCGUGUGAUCACAUGACAGGGGAAUGUAACGGAGGCUGCGCCCGAGGCUUCCACGGUCCUCAGUGCAAAGAAGCAGAACUGUUAGACAUGGUUCCGUUACCAACCAGCAGGUUUAGAAUAAACGAAAUCUCGGGGUGUCCAUCGGGAUUUUAUGGCGAAAACUGUAGCCUGGCUUGUGGACGUUGUCAAAAGCAGACAAGCUGCGACCCUGUGAAUGGAAUCUGUAAGGACGGGUGCGCCUCUGGCUACUACGGAGUCCACUGUUUUCAGAAUUGCACGGCGGGCACUUACGGAGAAAGCUGUAAAUUUCUCUGCGGACGAUGUCUCAGUGGUACCACCUGCGAUGUUCAAACUGGUAUCUGUCUCUCCAGAUGUGAGGAUGGCUGGGAAGGAGAACGCUGUGACACAGGAGUGCAGAGGACGUCCAACACAUUCCACACCUCACCCACCUUCCCUGUACUCAUCAUUUGUUUGGUAGCAGCGGUCAUCUUGAUCUCAGUCUUCUUUACCUACUUUGUGGUGGUCCGACCCAGAAAAACAGCGCUCCGACGUCUGUACAACACUUCCAGUAAUGAACACCUGAGUAACACAUAUGAGCAGAUUGUGGGCAGUCCCUGGGAACUUCAGCGAGGUCAACUGUCUCUGAGUAACGAGCUACUGGGCAAUGGUCAGUUUGGCCAGGUUAAGCGAGGUCACGUGAAAAUUAAUGGCGUCAAGGUGCCGGUGGCCAUCAAGUCACUGAAAGAUAACGCCUCUGCCAAAGACAAGCGAGACUUCUUGAACGAGCUGUCUAUAUUAAAGCGUGUUGGGAAACAUGAGAAUGUUGUCUGUCUUGUUGGAGCAUGCCACAUCAAAGGUGUGAUGUACGUGGCUAUGGAGUACGCCAAACAUGGUGACCUAAGGACAUUCCUGAGACACAGUCGCCGCCUUACGUCUGUCCACGAGUACGACAACACAACGUCGCCCUCUUUGCACACGGCCCUCCGGCCUCAGUCUCUCAUCAAGCUGUCUCUAGACACUGCCAAAGGGCUCAAGCAUCUGGCAGACAAACAGAUCAUUCACAGAGAUGUGGCAGCCAGGAAUGUUUUACUUGGAGAAAAACUUGUUGCCAAAAUUGCAGAUUUCGGACUGUCCAAAAAUGAUCAGACUUACGUUAAAACGUCCAGUACUAGAGUACCUAUCAGAUGGAUGGCAGUAGAAUCAUUGUUCAAUAACACAUACACACUUCAGAGCGAUGUAUGGUCAUUUGGUGUCUUGCUGUGGGAAAUCUUCACCCUUGGUGGGACUCCGUAUUCCUCUAUAGACAGUCAGCAGUUGUUCUCAUAUCUGAAAGAUGGACACAGAUUGAGAAAACCAAGGCUGUGUGACCAGGACAUGUAUGGAAUGAUGCUACAAUGCUGGAACGAUGUACCGGAAAGGCGACCAACAAUCGACGAACUGACCGCAAGACUACAAAGAAUGUUAGAAAAUAGCCAGGUCUAUAUGAACAUUACAGUUCAAGAGGAAUCUUUCUACUCAGAGAUUGACCAUGACAGGGAGAAUUCCAACUCCAACUCCAAUUCUUCUUAGAACAAAGAAAGAAAGAAAUAAAACAAGAAUAAAUCUAAAACAAGCCAAGAGCAAGUCUAUAAUUUGACUUAAAAAGGCUGUUGGUUUAAAAAAAAGGUAUCAAUAACUGAAUAGCAUCACCACAAGAGUUUGGACAUAUUUUACAGGGCUUUUGGUAUAUCAAUAGUAUAGUAGAAAUUGUUACACAUUCUUUUUACAUUGAAUUUAGGCAGUUGCCAAAGUACAAUACAACAUGAAUGAAAAUGUUUUCUCUGUAUGUGAGAGAAACCAGCCUGGAGUUUUUGUGCUAAGAAAAGCUUUAGAAUGUAUAUUCUCACUAUAUGUCAUUAGUUUGGCUGAUUGCUGCCACAAGCAUUGGAACAUGAAUGUGAUGAACUGAUUGGAUUUUUUCCUUAUGCCUAAAAGUGAUUUUGUUUCAGUUACCUGCUGCUUGAAAGCUGUGCUUUGAUUUGAUUUGGCUCUGAAUUUUAAACAAAUUCACAUAGUCAAUGAAAAUAUUGUUUUUGAAAUGUAUGCAAAUAAUGUAGUCAAUAAAUUCAUUUAAUUAUCAUAAUAAAUAUAACUAUAUGCUAAGUCUUAGAUUUUGAAGUAACGUCUGUAUUUUAUAAGAAGAUAUGAUAAGAUAAAGACAGUAUCUUCAAUAAGGGUUAUAUUUAGAUUCUUUAUGUAUGUCUGUAUCUAUGUAACUCUAUAUCACAACUAGUUGAAUCAUUUCUGAAACAAUAUUUAGGCUAAUGAUGUGUAGAAAAGGAAAAACAAAAGUUUCCUUUAUAUGUUUGAAACGCUUAAAAUUGUCCAGAUAAUAAUAAUAAUAAUAAUAAUAAUCUUUAUUAUCCGUCAGGAAAUUUGUCUUACAAUUUGUGCAUUACACCAAACAAAAAACAUUAUAACUAUAAGAAACCAAAGUGUACAUUCACACCAGACUCACUCAUAAUUUACAUGUGACAAAGUUUAUACCAGAUUGUUCUUAUUUAAUGAUUUGAUUGCCAGGGGAACAAAAGAGUAUUUGUGUCUGUUUGUCUUUGCUAUCGGUGUCUUGUAUCUCUUUUGUGAUGGUAAAAUCACGAAAUCCUGACACAAAGGGUGAUUCUUUAUUUCGAGGAUCUUGUUAGCUUUUUUAUAGAUGUUUGUCUCAAACAACUGCCCAAAUGGGGUUUGUUUUUUGCCAAUGAUUUUGCCAGCAGCAUUGAGGAUUCUAUUAAGUUUAUUCCUAUUUUUAAUGCUCAGAUUGCCAUACCAGGCAGUGAUAUUGAAACUGAAAAUAUUGCAGAUGUGAGCGUGAUAAAACAUAGCCAAGGCCUUUUCGCUAACAUUAAACGAGGACAGUUUUCUUAGUAGUCGUAAUCUUUGCUGCCCUUUUUUGCUGAUAUAAUCAGUAUUUGCAGUAAAAUUUAGUUUAUUGUCUAGGAUAGUACCAAGGUAUUUAAAGGUUUGCACAAUUUCAAUAGUCUCUCCAGCUACAGAAACAAUAUCAUUUUCCCUCUUGUCCCUGCGAAAAUCGAUUAUCAUUUCUUUGGUUUUUUUUACAUUUAAUAAUAAAAAAUUAUCUUUACAGUAUUCUUCAAUGUGUUCUAAUUCUUUAAAAUACUCAUUUACAUCUGAGCUCUCUGAGAGCAGGGCAAGACUGCCUCUUUGACAUCAUGUCAGAUAAGUAUGGAGUUGAACAAAUAUCCAAUCAUUUGGAUCCUUUUCUUGACCACAUUAUCUCACUGUAGACUUAAAGUUACUGUUAUGAUAAAUAGAAAUAAAAAUCAAACAUCCUAAACUGUGUGCUAUGACUUGCUAAAUGACAUAUUGUUUUUUCUUGUACUUUUAAAGUAGUUUUUAUUUAGAUCAAAUAGGCUGUCAUGGAUAAAGUAUUUUUUUUUAUAUUUUUUAACAUUUGAAGGUGUAAUUUAGUUUUGACAUCAUGUGUAUUUGUUUUGUUUUUUUUAAACACUUUUUUUUUAUUAUUUUACAGUGGUACUAGAAGUAUAUAUAACAUGAACAUGAUCUGAUGCAUUGUAACAGUAUUUAGAAUGUGCAAAAUAAUAUUUUGCUGAAUUGAAUUUACACAAGGGUCAAGGGGGUGAAAUAUAAACAAUGAUCUAGCAAAAAAUGUAAUUAUGUAUCUGUCUUCCCUUCAAAAAAAUAUUCUUAUUUGCUCAAACUAACAAUAACUCAAAUUGUAUUUGAAGAUGGUGUGUUGAUUUAAUUAUAAUGUGUAUAUUUAAUUCAGAGUACAUUUGUAUAUAUAUUUAUAUAGUUAUUUAUUGUGUUACCUUCAUUGGCUUUUAAAUAUCUAAAUGUAUGACAAAGCCAAACUCUACCAACCAACAUGUUUUUCAAGACAAUGUCUGAGUAGCGAAAUGGCUGUAAACCACUAAACAAAUGUGUAAAUGUCCAAUGAGCACAACAAGAAUUUGAGUUUUUAAUUCACUAUGAACUCACAAAUUGAAUUUUUGACAAAUAUAGAAAUAUAGGGCCUAUCAUAAAUUUUUUUAAUGUGACAUAAUUUUAAUAAAUACAGCAUUGUUUAAAGAUAAAACUUCCCCGUAAUAUUUAAAACUGUCCACUUACUUGUAGCCUAUUUAAAAUUGUCCAUUACUUAUAGACAUAUCAAGCUUUAACUAGAAUCUAAGUUUGUCCAAUUUAAUGAAUCCGUCUUUGUUUGAGAAAUGUAUCAGCAGAUAAUUUCAAUUCUAUCCAUUGUUGCAUUAGUGUGAAUCUAACAAAGAUUAGUUUUUUUUUCUGUUUCAAAAUAGAGGGAAUACUUGGCAGAAAACGCAGUGGUAUUAAUAAAUGUUAGGACAAAUUUGUACAAAUGCUCCUUCUUCCCUAGUGCUAUUAGAGCAUGAAAUGGAUUGCCUGAGCUAGCCAGGAAAACCAGUGACUUGGAAGAAUUUAAGUCAUUGGUUGAUAUGCAUGACUGAAUGCAUGACGCGUAGAACAUAAUCAUCUUCUUUUUUGAAGUAACGUCUAUAUUAUAUAAGAUUAUAAGAUAAGAUAAAUUAAUUGCUCUAAAGGCAGUAAUGAUGGAGUUUAUUAUUACCUUUGACAGAGAGUUUGUCUAUGCUAUUUAUACCACAAUUUCUAAUGUUAAACAUUCAAUAAACAAUUAUCUAAAGUCUCUUUUUAUUAGCACAAUGAUGGUAAUGUUUUAAAACACAUAGUAAUAAAAGUGAAUGGAGUUGUGGGUUUUUAUUGUAUUGACGUAAAUGUAUGUAACUGCAGUCAAAAAGUUAUGAAAAUAUUUUUCAUAUAUAAAGCAAAUAAUCAAUAUUUUUGUAAUACUUUGAUACAUUUUUGUUUCAGUUCUUUUGUUGAAAUUAUGUUAAGUCUCACUUAGACUUUGUUUUAUAAGCUGCACUUUUUCAUGCUUAGUUGUUCAUAAAGUCAAAUAACAUAGAUCUAAAUUUAUUUACUGUAUAUUUUGUUGACAUCAAACAUGUAGCCUCAGCAUGAAGGGAAACAGGCCACUUUGUUUUUGUAAAUAAUAUUAAGAAUAUAAAAAAAAUACAUUUUCCUUUUCAAAUUUAAA